UCAAAUACCACGUGGGAGGAUGUUCGUCUAGUCGUUUACCAAAGGGAGAAUAUCUCGCAACAACUACAUGAAUUCACUGCCCAUCCAGUCGUCGAUGUUGUCCACGUAGUUGCUAAACCACGGACUCCAGGUGAACAUCGAAAACAGUUCGUGUGCUAUUGUUGCGGGAUGCAACAUUCUCGUGUUUCUGAGUAUCGCCACAAAGAAAGCAUCUGCCGAAAAUAUGGUAAAAUAGACCACCUAGCCUUCGUAUGUAGAUCGGAACCCGCCCCACCAACCAAUCUCACUCAAUCGAGUCGCCAUAAUAGGCUGCCGCUUACGGAGAAAAACCUGGAAGAUCCAGACAACGCGCUAAAUUCCGUCUGUUUGAAUACCGUAUCACCUAACAAGUGCUCUCCAUAUACGAUUCGUUUGAUGAUCGAGAAAGAACCUUCGAUUUGGAACUGGAUACAGGGGCUGCAGUUAUCAUUAUAA